CCCAGCUCCUCCCCCGCCUCAAAAGCGCUAGUUCCAUUCAUCUACAUUCAUAAAACCAACCAUGUUAUCCACCACGUCGUCUAUCGUCCAACUGGCCAAGGCGCCCUUCAAGCGCGCUCAGCGCGGUCUCUUUGGAGGCAAGCAGAUCCAGUUCGGUAACAACGUCCCUUUCUCCAAGACCAAGACCCGCCGCACAUGGCUCCCCAACGUCCAGGCCAAACGCCUCUUCUCCGAGACCUUGAACGACUGGAUCAAGCUCAACAUGACCACCUCCGUCAUCCGCACCGUCGAUAAGAAGGGUGGUCUUGACCGUUACCUGCUCGAGACCCGCCCUGAUCUGCUCGGUGCCAAGGGACAGGAAUUGAGGGCCAAGUUGGUCGAGGUCUUGAAGGCCAAGCAGGCCAAGAAGGCCAUGAACAACUAUGUCCUCAUGCAGAAAUCAAACUCGACAACACUUUCAACAGAGGCUCAGGAGGCCGUCAAGGCAUCAAGUUCAACCGUCAUCAACCCCGCUGCAACGACAACAACCAACAUGCCAUCAUCACAGGCUGGCGCUUCUCUGUAAAAAAAAAAAAACAAAAAAAAA